AACGUUAGGUGCCACCCGCCAAUAAACAAAACGAAGAAGCCAAAGACGGAUGUAAAGAAGUAAACUGUGGCUUUAAUCUUUUAUCUACUUUAUCUAUGAGUAUGGAGAGGCUUUAUAGAUCCAAAGACUGAAUACCGAUGGAUAAAGAAACGCGGCCAUUUGAGUUUACGAGAUAAAUUUUGCCUGCUUGGCUGCCAUCGUUAGCUUGUUCCUGGAGUUAGCAUGCCGCUCUUGAGGUUCUUUUUCUCCUUUACGGCACGCGUGGACUAUUUCACAUUUAACUGAGAGAGACAUGUAUUCAGCACCUCGGGAAGACAAUGCGGCUCAAAGUGGGACCGGAGUUUUCUACCAGGCUUUGCCCGCCCUUGGAACCGAUGGAAAAAACAUCAUGGUGCUGAUUCCUGUUGAGAUGGUCAAUGGGAAAUGUGUCCAAAGUCAAAUCAACAAACCUAAAACGCAGGACGCCGUACCGCUAAAUGUUGUAUCAGCACCUGUUCCCUUUGGAAUAAAGACAGCCUUGACUUCCUUAGCUACACAACAAACUACGGGAAAUCAGGUUUCUCUCGUGAAUGCCUUGCCUUGUCAACUUGGUGUUGCGGGUCAAGGACAUGAGCUAGGUAUUUCAUUAAAUAAAUAUCCACUUAGAACUGUAAAACCACAAACAUUCCUCGGCGCCCCCCAAAAUCAAGUACAAACAGUUACAACUUCUGAAGUUGCUUCAGGUAUUAAUAAACAGAGUUUCAUGUCAUCAACGGAUUGCUUUUCAAGUUCAGACUCGACCAGUGUGGCCAAUGUAUCAUCUAAGACAACUGUCUGUCAAAGCAAUGUUUCUACAUGUCUUUCAGAACUUGAACGUUUUUGUUCCGCAUCACCUAUGACUUCUCUUCCACUGAGAUCACCCAAAUCACACUUGAAAUUAAUUCCAAAGGUUUCCCAGAGGCCCAACAGCCCAAUGAAGUGGUUGAUUGAAGAAGUCUAUUCUGAAUCUGCUGUUGACCUUCCAAAUUCUCCUCUUAUUCAAUCAAAGACAUUCAAAACCGUGGAAAGUAGCAAGACGUUUGGAGUGUUUGAAAAAGUGAUGCCUGUUUCUCUCUCAGGGCUGACUUCAAGUGAAACUCAUAAUCAACAAGCCUCGGUCAUGUGCGAUGGCAGGGUUUUCUUGGCAGCCAAAAAUGAUACCCUUUCUUCGACAGUGGGGAGCAGGGAAAAACGUUGCCAUCUCAAAAACUCUGCAGUACUAUCGUCUUCGUCACUCUUGCAAGACUCAAGGAUUAUCACACCAAAGGAGCCAAAUGAAGUGAUUGACCUUUGCAGUGACGAUAAUCCAGAUGACCUGUGUGAAAUAAUACCCGAUGAUAUGCCUACAGGCUCUUCUUUGGACGAAGAUAAUGUAAUAUUUGUAUCAUAUAUUCCACCAAAACCUGAAUACGUGCCAAUGCAAAGUCUGGUAGGAAAAACACUGGAGAUUGAUACAAACCAGACAAGCACAAAGACCAUGCACAAUGUGACUGAAUGUGAGAGGACUUCCCUCAAUUGCUCCAAUACUGUCCAUGAUCAACUAACAUGUGAAAGCAUGGAUGGAUGCUCCGUUGAUAAAAGCCAGGAACCAGAGCAUAGCAUGAUGGCGAGCACAGCUCCAAAUGAUGACAGUGACUCGGUCAUGAGCAGUCAACAUAACACCCAGAAACAACAGCUGGACAGGAUAGAGGUUUCCCUAGGAAUGGAGAGUUUGUCACAUCCCAGUGCUUCUGGCCUCAACAGUAGAGAAUCCACAGACAAAGUGAAGAGUUCCUCAACUGCUUCUCCAGUUUAUAGAUCAUCUGACCACCUUCUAAGGCAAAUUUUUGGGGUUACAUCUGAUGUCAGAAUUUGCCUGCAGAGAAUUAAUCCAGGAUCAGCUGGGACUGGACUCAAAGAGUCUGUGCCCACAGAGGACAUUCAGGAAACCACAAACCUAUUAAAAGAGAGGGAACUUUUCAUGCAGUACAGUUACAAUCCACAAGACCCUCACCGCAGCAGUAGUCCAGUCAACGUCAAAAGAGCAAAGCUAUCAGAUGUACAGAAUUUGUCAGGAGAAACUGUUACUACCAGUCCUCUUGCAGGGAUAAUGGUUGGCUAUGUGGAGCCAAUCGAUGAUGAUAUCGCCAGCAUCGAUGAAAAUUACACUCCUGACUCCCAGGACUCAGCUGGCCGGAGCCUGAAUAGUGCUCGUCCAAAUACAAGUAGAAUGGGAAGGCCAAGGAAACGCACAAUGUGUCCAUGUUGCGUCCCUGGUACCCUGGGUCUGACCAGGAAGUCCAGGACCAGGGCAGUAGAGUCAGAGAGGUUGACAUGGACAAGAGACCACACGAGUAAAAGGGGUGGACGUUGACAAAAAUUCUAAUAAAAAAGGUGAAUGUACGACUUUAGCGGGACCAACCUGUCUGCAUGGACUCACAGGAACCAGCAAAGAGAAAAACAGGAGCGAAUAUAGAAAUGUGUGUAAGCUAAUAACAAAACAUUUGAAAUUCUAAAUGUUACUUUUCCUGUAGCGUUUGUAUUUGGUUAAAGUCUGAUUUACACAAACACUGACAAUGUCUUUCAAUGUUGAGCAAACAUACAGCAGUAAUUGCACUGAAAUUAAGCAGGGUAGUAACGGUCAUAGUAGUACUAGUUGUAGUCAUCCAAUUUGUGGACCAUAAGAACAAUUUUAUUUCAGUGUAUUUGUUUUGUCUUUUAGUGUACUUAUAUUGUAGCCCUGAAUCUGCCUCCCAUUUUCCAUCAAUUUCAGUAGUACAUUCUCAUGCAGCUACUCAAAAUUGAUAUAACUCGUUAAAUAUUUGCACCUCAUUCUAUUUUUAUAUGAUUGUCCAUAUUUAUAAGUUUUUUCUAAGAUAUUUUUGAUCUCAUCUUCAGUUUAAUGAUGGCAUUUUCUUCAAAUAACCUACAUGUUUUUAACGUUAGAAUAAGAGUUACAAAAUCAUGUCAACUGACUUGUUUAUUUCAAGACAAGAUGUUAUAGCACGAUUUUGUUAUUGUUUAGCAUUAACAUCCAUUGGCUUGACUUGUUUAAAUUUGUUCAAUAUUGUAUUGCAUACCAGACCAAUUAUUAAGGAAUAAAAUAUAAUGACUGGA